AUGCUCAAUAGAGAGGAUAACUGCAGCUUGAUAGAGGCUGAAAUCCCACUCUCAUCAGAUUUCUUCAAAGUGAUUAAAGAUGAGAUGUGGCUGUUCCUCAUCCCGGCUGUACUGGCUGUCCUGCUGCUGGCCCUCUUCCUUGAGGAAAUUGGCUUCUUCCUCCGCCACGAACCUUCAUCCAGACGCAGCCGGCUCUGCCUGUGGAUCCUGGGCAUGUACCCGGUUUUUGGAAUGACAUCCAUCGUUGCAUUGUAUGUGCCCCGAUCGUCCUCACUGUGCAACUUUAUAGCUUCUCUAUAUCACUCCAUCACCCUGCUGAAGUUCAUGGGUCUCAUCACAAACUUUUUUGGGGGAAAGGCACAAAUGCUUGAAGUGCUCGCGGGGAAGCAGGUCUCUCCCAACCCUUUCCCUUGUUGCUGCUGCUGCUGCUUGCCCCUCAUCAACAUAAACAGGACAAGUCUGGGAUGUAUGAUGGCUGCUGUGUUGCAGCUCUCUGUGGUCAGAACACUUCUGUUCUUCAUCACUCUUGUGCUCUGGACAGACGAGCAGUAUGACUAUGGGGAUGUGGACUCAGUCAAUCCCAAUGUGUAUGUGAAUGCAGUCACUGCUAUAUCCACAUUUCUGUCCUUCUAUGGCUACCUGUUGUUUUACAAGGCAACGAAGAGAUCACUGCAUGGUUAUAGACUUCGUGCCAAGUUUGUCUGCAUUAUUGUGGUUUUAGUCUUAUGUGGACUUCAGAGUGGGAUUCUGGAGACCAUGGGAGCACUUAAAGUUGUGCCUUGCACACCUCCUUUCUCCGAUCUGUUCCGCUCUCAGUUAAUAUACCACUACUCUGUGAUUGUAGAGAUGUUCUGCAUCAGCCUCUUUGCUCGAAACAUAUUCCGUAAGGUGGAACCCAGCCCAGAUGGCACUUUUGGAAUGGAAAAGGGGAUCCCGAGUAGCACCAGUAAGGCAGUUCAAACAGAGGCUGAACCACCCCUUGCAGUGCAGCUCAGCACCCAGGCAGAGGACCCUUGGUGCUCUAACCCGGCCUGCAGCCGUGACAGUGACGACAGCCUGUGCAGGAUAGAGCACGCCCCGCUGGACCGUUUCCCCUUCCCCUUACAGACCGGGCCUCCAGAACGGGCAAACCCAGAGAGAGACAGCACUACGCUAACCAGGGAGCACAAGAGCAGAGAGCUACCAACCAUCACUGUCAGUGCCGAGAUCAACUGUGUGGAAAACACAGAUGUGACAGUUGUGUAG